AUGGCAGCAUCUCACAACUUCCGUUAUGGUUGGAGAUGGUCCUUUGCCAGUAGUGGGUUUUUGGUGGCGUCACUUCUUGUACUGUCUUUCUUUCUUAGUGAGACCCCGAGGUUUCUUAUUAAGAAAGGGCGUAUGGAGGAGGCAAAAGCGUCCCUUAAGAUGUUGAGGAAAUGUAGAGCAGAAGCAGAGUUGUGGAUGUUGGCAGGCAUAAUGGAAAAUGAAGGGAAGAGAAAAAGGAAGAAACUUUCACACUCACUCAUCUUAUUGCUUAACAUAGUGGCUAAAAUUUUGCAACAAGUGUUGGGCUUACACUCAAUACUAUUCUUUGGACCAUUACUUCUGCAGUCGGCUAGAUACACAUAUAAUUCUUCCUUCGUCGAUCCGCUCAUUGCCGGAGUUGUUCGAGCUUGA